UUGUUUUAUUUACUAUCUAUCAGUGAUUUACAAGGUAAAUAAGGUUAUCUCUCAUUUUUGGUAAUUUCACUUUCCGCUCAUUAGUUAUAUAAUCGCACUAUAUUCGUGGAAAAGUUCGCGUGAAAUCACUAAGUGAAAAGUGAAAAGUGAAAAGUUCCACUGGAAAUUACAUGAUCGCUGCCCUGAAUGCGCCCAUUGUUCCGUUCCGCUGUAAUUUCCGCUCCAUGUGACUCCAGCCUGACGCGCCCAUGAGUUCUUACCUUAAGAGAUAAACAUACAUUUAGGUUAUAUUAAUGAGUAUAUUGAUGGUUAACGGAAAUGUAUACGUUGCUGCACGGUUUAUACAAAUAUUUGAUGCAAAAGGACGAAUACUUCAUAUUAAUUUUGGGGCUCGACAAUGCGGGUAAAACGACUUAUCUCGAUGCGGCGAAAACGAAAUUCACGAAGAAUUACAAGGGUAUGAAUCCAAAUAAGAUCACGACUACUGUAGGCUUGAACAUUGGCAAAAUCGACAUUGCUGGAGUAUCCUUUAACUUCUGGGAUCUCGGUGGUCAAGAGGAACUUCAAUCUCUGUGGGAUAAAAUGAAUCAGGUUGAAGAUACAUCUAGUACCACAUGAGAAAUGCUGCAAGACCUAG